AUGGUGGCCGUGCGGCGUUGGUGAAAUCAUUGGUGGAUGAAAUUCAAGACGUGCAAAUUCGAGCGAUGCGAGUGAUGAAAUAUUAAAGUGUCUGAAAGUAUCUUUCUAAUAUGUCUUUGGGUGUAAUUACAGACAUUUUAGUGCGAGAUAUCCGUUUUCCGACCUCGAAAGAAUCUCAUGGAAGUGAUGCUGUGCACAAAGAUCCAGAUUACUCCGCUGCAUAUGUCAUUAUCAAGACGGACCGUUUGGAUCAACUAGCAGGAUAUGGCUUGGCUUUUACACUAGGGCAAGGCACAGAAAUUGUUGCACUUGCAGUAAAGGCAUACAAGCCUUAUGUCACUGGAACAUCUUUGGAUGAGAUAUUUGAUAAUUUUUCAUUGUUUUGGAAGACACUUGUGAAUGAAGGCCAACUACGUUGGAUUGGACCAGAAAAAGGUGCAAUACACACUGCACUUGCUGGCAUUAUAAAUGGACUCUGGGAUUUGUGGGCCAGGAUUGAAGGAAAGCCUUUGUGGAAGUUUCUUGUUGACAUGGAUCCUGUGAAAUUGGUAUCAACAAUUGAUUUUCAUCACAUUGAUGAUGCAUUAACAAAACAAGAAGCUUUGGAAAUCUUAAGAAAGAAUUCAUCUUCAAAGAAUGAAAGAGAGCAGUAUAUCUUGAGACAUGGCUACCCAGCUUACAUCACCUCUGUUGGUUGGCUGGGAUAUGAUAAGGAAAAAAUAAAAAAUCUUUGUGAAAAGGCUUUAGCAGAUGGAUGGACAAGAUUUAAAAUGAAGGUUGGUGCUGAUAUUGAGGAUGAUAUUAAAAGAGCUUCAACCAUACGUGAUGUUAUUGGUUGGGAAAAUGAAUUGAUGAUGGACGCGAACCAGGUUUGGAAUGUGGAAGAAGCAAUUUCAAGGAUGAAAAAACUCGCUCGUUUCAAGCCAAAAUUUAUCGAGGAGCCCACCCACCCUGACGACAUUCUUGGUCACGCGAGUAUAGCCGAGGCUUUAAACCCCGAGGGUAUUGGUGUAGCUACCGGAGAAACAUGCCCCAAUCGAGUUAUGUUUAAGCAGUUUUUACAAGCCAAGGGGCUGCAAUAUUGUCAAAUUGAUAGUUGUCGUAUGGCUGGUUUGAAUGAGAUAUUAGUCGUUCUGCUGUUGGCAGCAAAAUAUCAAGUUCCUGUCUGGCCUCAUGCUGGUGGCCUGGGGUUAUGUGAGAUGGUGCAGCAUAUAUCGAUUUUUGAUUACAUAUCAGUUUCACCAACACUGGAAGACAAAGCAACGGAAUAUGCCGGUCAUUUGCAUGAACAUUUCGUGAAUCCUGCCGUAGUUGAAAAUGGGGCAUACCUCGCGCCUAAGUCCCCAGGCUACAGCACGGAGAUGUUGACGUCAUCUUUAGAUGAAUAUGAAUAUCCUAAUGGAAGUUAUUGGCAGAAAAAUACAGGAUUGGUGAGAUCAUGUGAUGACUUCGUGCCUUUCAAGAGGAGAAAACACGAGAAUGAUAUGUAAGCUUUAACGUGAUUUUAUCGCUAGGAAAUGAUUGUUUUAAAAUGAAUAGUAACAAAUAAAUUUUAUAGUAGGGACAUUUUUUAUUAAGUAGAUAAAAAUUAUAAAAUACAUUUGAAGGGUGAGUCUUCGCUAAUAUUUCACACAACAUUUUAGUAACUUUUGUUCAAGAGAUAGUUUGAAAAUGCUGCGUUCAAAAACUUUAGAAAAUAGAGUUAAAGGCAGGCAUUAGGGAUCAAGAGUCUAUACCAACACGAAUAAAAACGUUUAAGAUAUUUUUUG